UUGGUCACGUGAUCGUCAGACAGGAACAGCUGAACGGCAACAACAAAACCUAUCGGGCUUACAACAAGAUGUCCUGUCUAUAAACAACAACCUAAAUAAUCCCUGACAUCGCUGCUCGGUGGACUGUCGGCUCUUUACACCACCCCGGCAAAGGUUGCGAGAAGUCGACGAGGCGAAGAAAAUCAAAAUGGGGCGUAUCUUCUUGGACCACAUCGGCGGAAGGCGUCUGUUCUCCUGUGCCAACUGUGACACCAUUCUGACUAAUCGCUCCGAGCUCAUUUCUACGCGAUUCACAGGAGCAACGGGGAGAGCUUUCCUCUUCAACAAGGUGGUCAACCUGCAGUACAGCGAGGUCCAGGACCGCGUGAUGCUGACGGGCAGACACAUGGUGAGGGACGUCAGCUGCAAGAACUGCAACAGCAAGUUGGGCUGGAUCUAUGAGUUCGCCACCGAGGACAGCCAGCGCUACAAGGAGGGGCGCGUCAUCCUGGAGAGGGCGCUGGUCCGCGAGAGCGAAGGCUUCGAGGAACACGUUCCCUCCGACAACUCCUGAGCUUUCCCCCACGACCACUUCUAAGCAUUCUGCACCAUCAGCAGACUUAGCGCUCAGUGACGUUUUGCUUCCUAAAUCCCGGUAAGCAGAACCUCCUUCACCUGAGACACAAAACGGGUGGAAUGUCCUAAAUUGUCAUGGAGCACUAUAGAGGACAAUUACUAAAUUGGUUUAAGUUAUAUUUUAUUGACCUUAGCCAUCAUUGGUAUCCUUGUGUUGGGGCAUCACAAAAAAAGCCAAAGAAAAAGUAACUUGACUUUUGAGCCCCACACCCCACUAAAUUUUACAAGUUUAAGCUCUCACUAAAUGUUCUGAACUCCUGUUUGCAUGCAUGAGGCGUCUCCAAAUCACGGAUAUAGCUCAAUUACACACAAGACGCACAACUUGAGUUUUGAGAGAUAUUUGAGGCGCUUCCUUGGUAUUAUUUUUAAUCUCUCGCUGAAUGUUCUGAACUCCUGUUUCCGCACCAGCAUCGCAAAAUAUAAACAUUUCCAGUUCAUGGAUUUAUCUCAGCGUUCCAUAGCUGACGUGGUGAAGUAAAUGAGUUCAAAGUGAGGCAACAGCGCCUCUGCUGAUUAUAAUGAAGUACUGCACUCAAAACAUUGCCUCCUUUUGCUCCAGCUAAUCAACAGGUAUUCCCACAGCUGCCUAGAUUUCUGCCGUUGGCUAACAACUUCAGCACCAACGUCAUUAGCAUUAGUAUAAUAAACAUCGACAUUGUCAUCCAAACAAUGCAAACACAGAAGGAAGGCGCUUUGACGUCACCUUCGAGGAGCGAUAGCAGCGUAGGACAAAAGUAAGCAUGACUGCCAGUGCGGCGCAGUUACACGCCAUUCUUCUCUCUGUUGGUCACCAUGGAGUGCGUGCAUACACGUGACCUGUUAUUUAAGGAGCCCGAGGCCGACGUGAGUCAGGCUAUAAUGGAGCACAUUCUUAGCCCGACUCUUGGUUUUAAGAGCAGAGAGGAAGGAAUGCUCAUUUACUUUUUUGCUGUGACUUAUAAGCAAACAUUUUUUAAUAAAGAUGGCUUAACUGCUUUUUACAUGACAAAGCGCACACUUGGUCACUCCAUGUGUAUUUACUUAGCCCCUUUUUGUGACUCUUCUGAAAAGUUGUAUACAUUUUUUUGAGGGGGGGGGGGACCGUACAUGUUUAUGAGAAAUGGGUCUAUUUUGUGCGGUCUGCCUUUGAUGGUACAGUAAACCUCGGAUAUAUCGGACUCGGAUAUAUCGGAAAUUCGCUCACAACGGACAGAUAAAAAAGAACCGAUUUUUCUGUAAUGCAUUUCCAAUAAAAAUUCAUUGCAUAUAUCGGAUUUUUUAUAACGGAUUUCGCCUAUUUCGGACAAAAUCUCCAGUCCCGUUCCAAUGCAUUUCCAUUAAAUUUCCCUCGCAUAUAUCGGAUGGCCCACCCUCGGGCAUCUCUGUGUGGAGUUUGCAUGUUCUCCCCGUGCAUGCGUGGGUUUUCUCCGGGUACUCCGGUUUCCUCCCACAUUCCAAAAACAUGCUAGGUUAAUUGGCGACUCCAAAUUGUCCAUAGGUAUGAAUGAAUGAAUGUGAGUGUGAAUGGUUGUUUGUCUAUAUGUGCCCUGUGAUUGGCUGGCCACCAGUCUAGGGUGUACCCCGCCUUACGCCCGAAGACAGCUGGGAUAGGCUCCAGCACCCCCCGCGACCCUCGUGAGGAAAAGCGGUAGAAAAUGAAUGAAUGAAUGAAUGAAUAUCGGAUGGCCGCAUCGUUAUGCUAAUCUUGUUGAUGUCACUGGCUAUUGUCUUUCUCCUGGCUCCAGAUUUAGGACAAAUAUAAAAGUGAGUGACGUCAAUAAUACUAGCACAGCAGUGAAUGAGAUCUUAACCUCACUAUUGGAAAUAACGUAGGCCUGACGGGCGUAACAGGGCCUAGCUUAAUUAACUAUUUGUUAUGCUCAGAGUCCAAUAAAGUUACAUUCUCAUGACCUUACGUCUCUUUUCAUUGCCCAGUCCAGGUACAUUGGAAACAUAGUCAAGGAAGUGCCUUUUUAUAACGGAUAAAAUCCGAUUUACGCAUAUACCGGAUAUAAAUCCGAUAUAUGCGUAAAACGGACAUUUUCCGGUACACGCAUAUAACGGAUUUCGCUUAUAUCGGACAAAACCAGUGGGAACAAUUGAAUCCGAUAUAUCCGAGGUUUACUGUAUCAUUUUAUACAAAAUCGUAACUUUUUUGUGUGUUACUUGUGUGUUAAUUUGAAUUAUUUUAUUGACAUGUAGUGCAUUUAUUUGACAGGAGGAAAAAAACGUGUUGACUUGUGUGGCCUAAAAAGAGAUGCAAUUUCAAAAUAAAGACAAUUUUGCUGUGA